AUGAACAACUCUACGAUGCUCACCAAAUUCGAAUCCAAGUCGUCCCGCGCAAAAGGCAUAGCAUUCCACCCCAAGCGACCAUGGAUCCUGGUAUCUCUGCACUCCUCCACGAUCCAGCUAUGGGACUACCGCAUGGGAACGCUCAUAGACCGCUUCGAAGAGCACGAUGGGCCUGUGAGAGGGAUUGACUUCCACAAGACACAGCCGCUGUUUGUUUCGGGAGGAGAUGACUACAAGAUCAAGGUGUGGUCGUAUCAGACGAGGAGAUGUCUGUUCACGCUUAACGGGCAUCUGGACUAUGUGCGGACGGUCUUCUUCCACCACGAGCUGCCAUGGAUCAUCUCCAGCUCCGACGACCAAACAAUCCGGAUAUGGAACUGGCAGAACAGGUCGCUGAUCUGCACAAUGACCGGGCACAACCACUACACAAUGUGCGCGCAAUUCCACCCCAAGGAGGAUCUGGUGGUUUCUGCUUCCCUCGACCAAUCUGUAAGAGUAUGGGAUAUCUCUGGCUUAAGGAAGAAGCAUUCUGCGCCCACAUCAAUGACCUUCGAAGACCAAAUUGCGCGUCAAGCACAGAAUCAGGCAGACAUGUUUGGGAACACGGAUGCGGUGGUGAAAUUUGUGCUCGAGGGGCACGACAGGGGCGUGAACUGGGUCUCAUUCCACCCCACGCUGCCUCUCAUCGUGUCUGCUGGUGACGAUCGUCUCGUCAAGCUCUGGCGGAUGAGUGAGACAAAGGCAUGGGAGGUUGACACCUGCCGAGGACACUUUCAGAACGCAUCCGCAGCGCUCUUCCACCCGCACCAAGACCUCAUCCUAUCCGUGGGAGAGGACAAGACAAUUCGGGUAUGGGACCUUAAUAAGCGCUCGUCUGUUCAGUCGUUCAAGAGGGAGAACGACCGGUUCUGGGUCAUUGCUGCACAUCCCGAGAUCAACCUCUUCGCCGCCGGCCACGACAACGGUGUGAUGGUGUUCAAGCUCGAACGCGAAAGGCCGGCCUCAGCUGUGCACCAGAACCAGCUGUUCUUCAUCACCAAGGAGAAGCAUGUCCGGUCAUACGACUUCACCAAGAACGUCGAGAGUCCAUCCAUGCUGUCCCUGAAGAAGCUUGGUGCUGCCUGGAUGCCGCCGCGGAGCAUGUCAUACAACCCAGCCGAGCGAUCCAUCCUCGUAACCUCUCCCUCGGACAACGGCAUCUACGAGCUGAUAAGUCUGCCCCGAGACGCCUCCGGAGCCGUCGAACCAUCAAAUGCGAUGCGCGGUCAAGGCAAUGCUGCCGUCUUUGUUGCUCGGAAUCGCUUUGCCGUCUUCAAUCAAUCAACCAACCAGAUCGACAUCAAGGACCUUUCGAACUCGACUACCAAGACGAUCAAACCACCACACGGCACAAGCGACAUGGUCUUCGGCGGCACCGGCUGUCUUCUGCUGAUAGCUCCUAGCAUGGUCUAUCUGUACGACAUCCAGCAGAAGAAGCAGCUGGCGGAGCUCGCAGUCACCGGAGUGAAGUACGUCGUGUGGUCUGCCGAUGGUCUGCAUGCGGCCUUGCUCAGCAAGCAUAACGUGACUGUUGUCGACAAGUCGCUCAAGCAGGUUAGCACCCUGCAUGAAACGAUUCGAAUCAAGAGCGCAUGUUGGGACGAUGCUGGGGUCUUGCUGUACUCGACGCUUAACCACAUCAAAUACUCACUCAUGAACGGCGACAACGGCAUUGUGCGCACUCUGGAGCAGACCGUCUAUCUUGUGAGAGUCAAGGGCAGGAGUGUGUACUGCCUCGACCGCGCCGCGAAGCCGAAGAUCCUCACUAUCGACCCGACUGAGUACCGGUUCAAGCUCGCGCUGGUCAAGCGCCAUUACGAUGAGAUGCUCAAUAUCAUCAAGACUUCAAGCUUGGUCGGCCAGAGCAUCAUCUCGUAUCUCCAGAAGAAAGGUUACCCAGAGAUCGCUCUCCAAUUCGUUCAAGAUCCUCAGACGCGCUUCGAGCUGGCUAUCGAGUGUGGCAACCUCGACGUUGCGGUGGAAAUGGCGAAACAGCUGGACCGACCGCAGCUGUGGCAGCGUCUGACCAACGAAGCACUGGCGCAUGGCAAUCACCAAGUUGUGGAGAUGACAUACCAGAAACUCCGAAGCUUCGACAAGCUCUCGUUCUUGUACCUCGCGACUGGCGACCAAGAAAAGCUGCAACGCAUGGCGAAGAUUGCGGAUCAUAGAGGCGACAUGGUCAGCCGCUAUCAGAACUCGCUGUACCUUGGCGACGUGCAGAAUCGCAUCGAGAUGUUUAAGGAGAUCGAUCAGUAUCCUCUGGCCUAUCUGACUGCAAAGGCCAAUGGACUCGACGACCAAUGUCAGGAGAUUCUGGAAGCUUGCGGCAUGAGUGAGGAUCAGGUCAGCCUGCCGACCGCCGGAGCGCCUGCAGCACCACCGAAACCCAUUGCACCGACCUUCAAGGCCAAUUGGCCCACAAGGGCUACUGGUGCGAGCUCUUUCGAGAAGGCCUUGCUUGCUGAGGGCGACGAGGCCGUUGCCCCUGAAACUAAUGGCUUUGCUGAAGAGGAUCUGCUUGCCGAGGAGCCUGAUCGAAAUGGCGACUUCGGAGAAGCAGAAGAUGACGAUGCUGCCGCCGGAUGGGACAUGGGUGACGACGUCGUCCCAGAGGCCGACGAAGACUUCGUCAACGUCGAGAGUGCGGAAACUGGCGCCGGGAGCAGCGAGGCAGAUCUAUGGACUCGCAACUCACCGCUCGCAGCAGAUCAUGCAGCAGGCGGUAGCUUCGACACUGCCAUGAAUCUGCUCAGUCGACAGAUCGGAGCUGUCAACUUCCAGCCGCUGGAAGAGCGGUUCAUGGAGAUCUACGCGGCGACACGUACCUUCCUGCCCGCCAACUCUGGCAUGCCACCACUCGUGAAUUACGUGCGGAGAACAUUGACCGAGACCGACUCGCGAAAGGUUCUGCCGCUGAUACCGCGGGAUCUGGAGUCAGUAACAAGCGGCGAGCUGAUGGCUGGCAAGAACGCGAUGAAAGCCAACAAGCUCGAAGACGGCGUGGUGGCUUUCAAGAAGGUGCUCGUCCUCCUCAUGGUGAACGCGGUGUCCUCGCAAGCCCAAGCGCAAGAAGCACAAACAGCCAUCAAGCUCGCAGCGCAGUACGUCCUGGCGAUGUCCAUCGAGCUCGAGCGGAGGAAAGCUGUCGGCAAGGAGACAGAUCUCAGCAGUUUCUCCGACGACGUCAAGAAGCGAAGCUUAGAACUGUCGGCAUACUUCACCGUGCCCGGCAUGGAGCCGCAGCACCAGACGCUCGCUCUGUUCUCAGCAAUGAACUUUGCGAACAAGAACAAGCAGCUCGGUAGCGCGCUCGGCUUCGCGAACACUCUCAUCGAGCGCGGCACAAAUGCCAAGUUCAAGGAAACCGCCCGCAAGGUCAAAUCAGUAGCCGAACGCUCCCCCAACGACGCCAUCGACAUCGAAUUCGACACCUUCGGCGAGUUCGACAUCUGCGGCGCCUCGUACACGCCCAUCUACGCGGGCGAAGCGAGCUUCGCGUGUCCGUUCGACGGCAUUAAGUAUCAGACCAAGUACAAAGGCACGGUGUGUCGGGUCUGCGAGGUCUGUGCGGUUGGAGCGCCGAGCAGUGGGUUACGGUUGACGACUUGA